UUACAUUUUUCCACAACCGUUCCAUUUCGUAUACAAAAUGGCGAAUCCCUUCUUAAUGACUGAUGAUGACGUGUCGUCAACGACAAAUGAUUUGAAUUCAAAUCCCUUUCUGAUGCAAGAUACUGAAGAGGGAACUGAUUAUGCGGCAGAUAACCCAUUCUUGGCCCAAGCGAACAAUCCAUUCGCUGCAUUUGGCGAUGAAGAGGUGGUUACUACAUCGACCCAAGAUUAUCACUUAGAUACGUACACAGACACGAAUACAUUUCUAAACAGCGAUAAUAAUGAAAUGAUGAUAACAUCGUCGGACGUUCACUCAAAUCCUAUUGAUUCGGCUAUGAGUUUCUUCGGAACAACUAUAACUGAUAUGGACGACGCAGAUGAUGUGGCGUUUGCUAAACCUACUGGAUUAGCAAUUCAACCGAGCAACGUUCUAAUGUCAAAUUACGAUGACACAAUGGCAUAUUCAAGUGAAGAUGAGCUGAAGGAUAAACGACUUCCUCCACCUAGACCGGUUCCGCCAUCACAGACAACCCAAGAUUUAAUCUUAUCGGUGGCUGAUCAAUUAGAUCAAACCAGUUCACAUCUACUUAAUCGAAUACCAGUUACUCGAACACCAAGUCCUGUAUCCAUGAGAGAUCUGCAUUCCCCGAGUCCAACGCCCGAAUUCGGAGACCUUCUUGAUGUGUCUGAAUUACCACAUGACUUAAUAAAUCAAAACGACGGUUUUGGCGACAGUCAGAUUGACUCUACUGCUAAUGACAAUCCAUUUAUGGUACAAGAUGAAUUGGUUAUGAGCGAGCCAUCGAGACCACCACCACCAGCAAGACCGACACCGCCAAGACCAACUCCGCCAAGACGACCGUCGCCUCCUCAAGCCGAAACCGUAACAAUUCAGCAGUCACAACCUCCUCGUCCGGCUCCAAUUCAACAGCCUCAAGCUGAGCCAGAUCUAUUUGAUAUGUUUGGAACAGGUGAACAGCAAAAGCCUCCGCAACCACCAGCACCAAAGUCAAAUCAGGACAUACUUAGCUUAUUUUCCACACCGAAGCCAUUGGUUCCAGUUUCUCAGCCAGAUUUGUUAUCUGGAGAUAUACUAUCAAUGGACAAUGAACCAGAUUUCGGUGCCAAGGUUCCUGUCAUGGGCUCACAAGUGUCAUCAGUUUCAUCACUGUCAUCAAUUUCAUCAGCUCCACCAACUGAAACUAGCAUCAAUACAACCCAAGCUGCACCUGUUCCGCAAAGACCUCCAGCACCACCAGUACCAACUCCUCAUCAAGCCACAGUAAAGCCUCCUCAACGUCCAGCUCCUCCUGCACUACCAAAAGCACCAACCCAACAGCCUGUUGUAACUCCAAAAGUUGAAUCGACAACUGAUAAAGAGCCCAAUACCACGAACGUUGUAACGAAACAGGUGACUCCCCAGCAAGAAAAAGAAAAUAUUUUAGACGAAGUGGACACAACUGAGAUAAGCAUGCAUCACAGUCCUGUCGAUUCGACACCAGUUAGUGAACAUGUUGUUAGUACUACUGCUCAAUCGGAUCAUAGUGACGAACACAUGGACACCUCCGGUGUGACACCAAUACCGUCUGUAAAUCCGUUUGCAUCACCCGAAUCCGAAGCGAUGGACAUUAUUGUUCAGCCAGUAACUGUACCAGCGCCAACACCACAAUCGUUCACUGGAUCUGAUAGUUUUGGCCAGUCGGAUGAGUUUGAUGCAUUUGCUGCAAAGUUUGACUCUGUUAAGAAGGAAGACAAUUCGUUGUUAGAUGGAUUUGGUGUAGCAGUUAAUACCACCUCUAAUGGACAGGCAUGGGGGCAGAAUGAUAAUUUGAUUGGUGGCGACGAUUCUGCUGAUGGAUUUGGUAAUGAUGAAGAAGGUUUUGAUUCGUUCCUAGCAAUGAAAGCACCAAUACAGGAAACUCCAUUCGAUCGUAAUGAUUCACAUGAUUCUGAUGAAGGAAAAGAGUUUAACGUCGUUAUUCGACCAAAGAAUGCAGAUAUGUCACUGGGUCUGACACAACCAGUCCUAGCACCACCUCCUAGAAGUACGAACAAUUCGAUAUACUCGGGUGACUCUUCACCGAGAUUCAAUCCAUUUGACAAAGGAGAUGAAAUGCCCCAUUCGGACGGUGUUCCAGCUGCACAUGAAAUACCACAACUAGAACGAACUGAUUCGCAGGAAACACCACCCACUCCAUUAUUCGACGAAGAUGUGUCUCAACCACUGGAAGACUUCCCCCGAAUCACCUAUCAGGGCGAAGGAUGGGAAAUGCAGCUGAGGCAACCAAAUAAAAAGAAAAUCACUGGACAACGAUUUUGGAAGAAAAUAUUUUUGAAAAUUGUUUUUCAAGGAGACAAUCCUGUGCUGCAAUUGUUAAAUGCACAGAAAGAUAAGGAACCGUUCCAGGAACUUCCGUUGCAAGCAUGUUAUUCUGUGUCUGAAAUAAGCGCUCAGCAGUUUGAUCAAUUUGGAAAGAUUUUCACCGUUAAACUGCAAUAUAUAUUUUACAAAGAACGUCCUGGUGUACGACCAGGUCAAGUAACGAAAGCUGAAAGAAUUACGAAUAAGUUGAGCCAAUUUGCGGCGUAUGCCAUUCAGGGUGACUAUCAGGGUGUCAAGGAGUUCGGAAGUGAUUUGAAGAAACUCGGAUUGCCUGUCGAACAUGCACCACAGGUAUCCCAGCUGUUUAAAAUUGCUUCGCACAAUUACGAAGACUUGAAACAAUUUUCCGUAUGCAUUGAUGAACUACUGUUCAAAUAUAAUGUACAUAGGGAUCGUGCACUGACAUAUAAAUCCGAAGAGGUUCAGCUUACUGCCGUUGAUGAGAUAUACGUUGAACAGGAUGCAGAAGGGCACAUUUUAAAACAAAUCGCAAGGGUUAGACUGUUUUUCUUGGGAUUCCUGUCAGGAAUGCCAACAAUUGAAUUAGGUGUCAAUGACCUUUGGCGACAAGGCAAAGAAGUGGUUGGCCGUCACGAUAUUAUACCAGUUGUUACAGAAGAAUGGAUUCGUUUGGAAGGAGUUGAAUUUCACUCAUGUGUACAACAAAAUGAGUACGAACGAAGUAGAACGAUAAGAUUUCAACCUCCUGACGCUUGCUAUAUUGAGUUGAUGCGAUUCAGAGUGAGACCGCCAAAGAAUCGUGAACUUCCAUUCCAAUUGAAAGCUGUCUGGUGUGUUACUGGCAACAAGGUCGAGCUACGUGCUGACGUUCUCGUUCCCGGUUUUGCUUCUCGUAAAUUAGGUCAAAUUCCUUGUGAAGACGUAUCUAUUCGGUUUCCGAUUCCAGAAUGUUGGAUCUAUUUAUUCCGAGUUGAAAAGCAUUUCAGAUAUGGUUCAGUUAAAUCGGCUCAUCGUCGCACCGGAAAAAUAAAAGGAAUCGAACGAAUUUUAGGCACUGUUGACCAACUACAAGAAUCACUGAUCGAGGUAACAUCGGGCCAAGCCAAGUACGAACACCAUCACCGUGCUAUUGUAUGGCGAUGUCCGCGUUUGCCAAAAGAGGGACAAGGUGCCUAUACCACCCAUCAAUUGGUCGUGAGAAUGGCUCUCACAAGCUAUGAUCAAAUUCCGGAACAACUAGCCCCUUACUGUUAUGUUGAAUUUACAAUGCCAGCAACCCAAGUAUCUCAUGUGACUGUGCGUUCGGUCAGUGUUCAAGACUCAGAUAGUGAUGAUCCACCGGAAAAAUAUGUUCGUUAUUUAGCCAGGCACGAGUACAGAGUUGGUAUUGAACAUACAACGGGUCAAAGUACAAACGCCUAUUUGGCAGCAACUGCAGUUACAAAACCGAAGGAAGAACCACCACCACCUGCGUUGCAGCCAAUAGCUGGAAGUGAUUCCGAUUCCGACUCAAACUAAACAUAAUUUUUUGCAAAAGGAAACAACCGACAGCAAUAUUUAACAUAAUCGAAAUAAAAAAAAAAUUGCCAAUACGUUACAAUGUCACUUAGUUGAUAAUUGAAACUAUUUAAAACAAUGAACAAAAAAAAAUUAAAAAUGUUUGGAGUUAUUUAUCAUCCUGAUUUUUGAUUUUAAUAAAUUGUUAUAAUUGCCCCAGUCCUCUAGGUAAAAACUAUUAUAACAGAAUAUGAAUCAUACAUAUUGUUUCAAUGAUGAUAUUAUUAUGGAAAAUUAUAAAAUUAUAUGCAAAAAGCGAGCUGACAAAAUUCUAUCACUCUCCCAGCUUAAUAAAAAAUUAUAAAUAUUGUAACAAUUUCGUGAUGAUGUAAAUGUAAUAAUAUAAAUUGAUUAAGGAUGGAACACUAAAAAAAACCAACUUGAGUCAACUCAACAAUAAUAAACAUUAAAAAUGCAAAAUGAUUAUAUAGUUAAUGAACGUAAACAAACAAGAAACCUUUUUUGUUUUGCUUAGAUUUAAAAAGGAGACAGUGACGGUAACGAGACGAAAAUCUUUUUAAUUUUUCAAUUGAGUUUCUUUGUGUGAAAAAUAUAUUUAUGUGAGAAGAUUAUAGUUAAUACAUUUGGGGGAUAAUGGAGUUAAAAGCUUAGUAACAAUAAUUUCUAAAAUCAAUAUUUUAUCAAAACUAUUGAAUUCACGUUAUAAUUGUAGUUUAUAUCAGCAAGACUAAAACGAAAACAGCAAUAUGAAACUUUAAUUUUAAAUUUAAUGAAAAAGAAAAUAAUUUAAAGGAAAAAAAGAGAAACGUACGAAGGAACAAGCUUUUUAAAUAAAUGGAAAGAAAUUAAUUUUAAUAAAUGCAAAAUACAAUAAAUUGUUUCAAAACAUUAAAAUGGAUUUUUAAUGUUUUUACGUUGUUAUUCAAUCAAACAAUAAUGACAUCAGUAUUUAAUCAAUUCAAUUUAAUUUUUAUCUUGUCGUGUUAAAUAUAUUUAUCAAAUGAAAACCAAUGAAAAAAGAUAAUAAAAAACUAAAUUCCAAAAUAUAUUUAUUAGCAGUAAACGUUAAUGUAAAAACCAAAACCCAAAGAAAAACUUUAAAACAAAAAUUAAUUUAAAAACCAAAAAAAAAAUCUUAUAAAUGUAACAUAUUAUGAGUGAUUUAAUAUAUCAUCCCCAGUCAAACCCUAUUGGACUGCAUUUACAUUUAA